AGCACUGAGCUCCACCAUGGAGGACCACGAGCUGGACCUCACCUACAUCACUGAGCGCAUCAUUGCUGUGUCCUUCCCUGCUGGGUGCUCCGAGGAGUCUUACCUACACAACCUGGAGGAGGUGACGCGCAUGCUGAGGUCCAAACAUGGGGACAGCUACUUGGUAUUAAACCUUUCAGAAAGGAGAUUUGACCUGACAAAGCUCAACCCAAAGAUUUUGGACGUCGGCUGGCCUGAGCUGCACGCACCGCCCUUGGACAAGCUGUGCACCAUCUGUAAGGCCCAGGAGUCCUGGCUCAACAGCGAUCCCCAGCAUGUCGUGGUCAUUCACUGCAGGGGUGGAAAGGGACGCAUCGGCGUGGUCAUUUCAUCCUACAUGCAUUUCACCAAUGUCUCGGCCAGCGCUGACCAGGCCCUUGACAGAUUUGCAAUGAAGAAGUUUUAUGAUGAUAAAGUUUCAACUUUAAUGCAGCCUUCCCAGAAACGGUAUGUUCAGUUCCUCAGUGGACUCCUGUCAGGCACGGUGAAAAUGAAUGCCUCCCCGCUGUUCCUGCAUUUCGUCAUCCUUCAUGGCACCCCCAACUUCGACACUGGUGGCGUGUGCCGGCCCUUUCUGAAGCUCUACCAGGCCAUGCAGCCCAUGUACACGUCGGGGGUCUACACGGUUGGCCCGGAAAGUCAAAACAGGAUCUACAUUGCCAUAGAGCCGGCCCAGCUCCUCAAAGGGGAUGUCAUGGUGAAGUGCUACCAUAAGAAGUACCGCUCAGCCACCCGCGACGUCAUUUUCCGCCUGCAGUUUCAUACCGGCGCGGUUCAGGGCUACAGACUUGUGUUUGGAAAGGAGGAUUUGGACGGUGCCAGCAAAGAUGACCGUUUCCCUGAUAAUGGGAAAAUUGAGUUGGUCUUUUCUGCUACUCCCGAGAAGAUUCAAGGAUGUGAACACUUGUGCAAUGACCGUGGGGUGAUCGUGGACUUCAACACCGCAGACCCGCUGAUCCGCUGGGACUCUUAUGAGAACCUGAGUGCGGAUGGAGAAGUGCUACACACACAGGGCCCUGUUGACGGCAGCCUUUACGCCAAGGUGAGGAAGAAGAGCACCUCAGACCCUGGAACCUCAGGUGGGCCCUUGGCUGCCCCAGCUGCCAACAGCCCAGACCACGGUGACCAUACCCUGUCAGUGAGCAGUGACUCAGGCCACUCCACUGCCUCAGUCAAGACGGACAGGACCGAAGAACGCCUGACUCCUGGACCCAAGAGGGUCCUGAGUCCCCAGGAGAAGGCUGAGUUGGACCAGCUGCUCAGUGGCUUUGGCCUAGAAGAUUCUGGAAGUCCCCAUAAGGAUAUGACUGAUGCUCCCAGAAAGUAUAGCGGGACUCGCCACAUAGUGCCAGCACAGGUCCAUGUGAACGGAGACGCCACGCCGAAGGACCGUGAGACGGACAUCCUGGAUGACGAGAUGCCCAGCCAUGACCUGCACAGCGUGGACAGCAUCGGGACCUUGUCCUCCUCAGAGGGACACCAGUCAGCCCAUCUGGGCCCCUUGACUUGCCACAAAAGUAGUCAGAACUCCCUCCUGUCUGAAGGAUUUGGCAGCAAUGGCGGUGAAGAUCCUCAUGGGGCCCUUGCCCCAGACUUGGGCCUGGGUGUGGAGCCCCUGUUUGAGCGGGAGCGGGCUUUAGGGAGCCGUGAGCCCAAACAGCCCCAUCCAGCACUAAGGAAGCCCUCCGUGUCCUCCCAGACACAGGCCUAUGGACAGAGCAACUACUCCACACAGACCUGGGUGCGCCAGCAACAGAUGGUGGCAGCCCACCAGUACAACUUUGCCCCAGAAGGGGAGGUCAGACUCGUCAGUCGAGGCACUGCGGACCUCUCUGGCCUGGCGCAUACCCAGCUCAGGGUCCUGGCUCCCCUCCCUCAGGGGACCAACAGCAAGGUGACUAUUUCGAGGGGUGUUGGCCCUGGGUCACAUCCCCCUGACACACAGCGACCCCCUCCUACCAAAUCAUGCAAACCCAGGCUUCCAGAUGUAAAAGUAGUGAAUGGGACUGGCUUGGAAAUGAACUCAGAUCACUCACCAGACUCUCCCACCCUGGACAUCGACCAGUCCAUCGAGCAGCUCAACAGGCUCAUCUUGGAACUGGACCCCACCUUCGAGCCCAUCCCCACCCACAUGAAUACCCCAGGCAGCCUGACCCACGGAACUGCGCUCCCUGACAGCAUGGGAGCUGGGCUCCAGCUAAGCAGCCAUUUGCAGGACGUAGGGGAGGACUCUGGCAGGACUCCCCCUCGGCAAGGCAACAUGGGUGAUGAGCCUCUGGCAGGGAGACUUCGAAAGCUGAGCCUUGGGCAGUAUGACAAUUCGGGGGAGCAGCCAGCCUUCUCCAAGUAUGGAUGGGGGAAGAACACCAGUGUGGACCAGACUCCAAGCCGGCCUUUCCUGUCUCCAACAGAUGCCAAAGAGGUGGUGAUCGCCACGUAUCCCUCAGACCUUAGUCUCCUUGAUGGCAGGAUUUUCUCUGCAGUCAAAAGCAGCAGUGAGCCUGUGUCACCCACACCAGUGUUUCCUGUGUCUCCAGAGACACCAUAUGUGACAGCGCCCUCGCAGUAUUCUCUGUUCAGCACACCUGGGACGCCGAUGGGCAGUGCCGGUGGUCUGUACAAAGGAGGUCACGAACCACGAGGCUGCCCUGAGGUUCUCAGUCAAGCUGUGGGGAUGUCAGAGAGCCCCGCGGGACCCAAACCCACCACACUGCGGGCAGACAUGCCAACAGCAUCCGCCUAUCAGCGGGCAUUCACGCCCUCCUGCUCCGUCUCCAGCAACAGCCCCCGCCAGCAAGGAGACAGCCCUGCUUCAGCUGAGCACCCAUGGGUGGAGGCCAGCUCCAAAGAGACUCUGGUCUUACUGGGGAACAGCCGGCCAACAGGAGGUGUGCUUGGCACCAGCGAGUUCUCCAGCCCUGGCAAAGAUGUCACUGGGAGGCCCCAUUUCCAGUCCACAGAGCUCCAGGACUCUUUCCAUAGCCAUGAGCUGGCCUUGGCUGAACAACCAGAAGUUCUGGGCCUCCAAAGUAACCAAGCCUUCCUCAACUUCAGCACUGCCCCCAUAGGAAGUGGCCUUCUCGCUGGAGAAGACACGGGGGCCCUGAUGGCCAAUUCCCACAUGCCACCGCAGACUCCCGGCACACCGAGGACCACGACAGCUGCAGUCGACAACGGUUUCCUAUCCCACAACUUUCUCACAAUAGCGUCUGGACACAGCGGCCAUCAGAGUCCAGUUCUCCAGGGCCAGGGCCUGACCCUACCUGGGCAGCCGCCUCUUCCUGAGAAGAAGCGGGCCUCGGAGGGAGAACGUUCUCUUGGGUCAGUCUCUCCCUCCUCCAGUGGCUUCUCCAGCCCCCACAGUGGGAGCACCAUGAGCAUCCCAUUCCCAAACGUCCUGCCAGACUUUUGCAAGACCCCAGAGGCAGCGGCACGCUCGCCAGAGAGUGCAGGUGAGAAGCAGUUAUCUGUGAACUUCGUUCAAGACACAUCCAAGUUCUGGUACAAGGCGGAGAUCUCCAGAGAGCAAGCCAUCGCCAUGCUGAAGGACAAAGAGCCAGGCUCAUUCAUCGUCAGAGACAGCCACUCCUUUCGAGGCGCUUACGGCCUGGCCAUGAAGGUGGCCACCCCGCCUCCUUCGGUCCUGCAGCUGAGCAAGAAAGUUGGAGAUUUGGCCAGUGAACUUGUUCGGCACUUCCUGAUCGAGUGUACCCCAAAGGGAGUACGGUUGAAAGGCUGCUCCAAUGAACCCUAUUUCGGGAGCCUGACGGCUCUGGUGUGUCAGCAUUCCAUCACACCCUUGGCUUUGCCCUGCAAACUGCUCAUUCCAGAUCGAGAUCCAUUGGAGGAGAUAGUUGAAAGUUCACCCCAAACGUCGGCCAAUUCAGCAGCUGAGCUGCUGAAGCAGGGAGCAGCCUGCAACGUGUGGUAUCUGAACUCUGUGGAGAUGGAGUCUCUCACGGGCCACCAAGCUGUGCAGAAGGCCCUGAGCCUCACGCUGGUUCAGGAUCCUCCACCCUCGUCCACCCUGGUGCACUUCAAGGUGUCAGCCCAGGGCAUCACUCUGACGGACAAUCAGAGGAAGCUCUUCUUUCGAAGACACUACCCAGUGAGCAGCGUGAUUUUCUGCGCGUUGGACCCACAGGACAGGAAGUGGAUCACAGACGACCCUUGCUCCAAAGUCUUUGGAUUUGUGGCCCGGAAGCAGGGCAGCGCCACUGACAACGUGUGCCACCUUUUUGCGGGGCACGACCCCGAUCAGCCCUCCAGAGCCAUUGUCAACUUCGUGUCAAAGGUCAUGAUUGGCUCCCCUAAGAAGAUGUAAACCUCACCGCCUGGAGACCCUAAGAGGAGCUGAUUGGCCCUGCUGUAUCGCAGACUGUGACGGCGACCUUCGGCCCCAUGCGCUUCCCCACAGGGAAAGGGCUCCUUCAACUAUACAGACACUGAACAAGUAACCUUGUCACCAGCUAGCCUUUCCAGAAAAAACUGCUCAUGGACACACUUUGUAGCCAAGCAUUUCCAUAUGGAAGAAACCAGGUGCCAAGUACCUGUGCCCCGGUUCUGUGCUUGAGAGACCUUGCAGGAUUGAAGCUAGUGUUCCUGAAACUUCAUGGGAAGGGGGUGCCCAGCCCACUCUGUUCUGACUUGAGUACAGUCGGGGAUGCAGGGUGCUGACCACAGCCCCAGUCCCCAUUCCCAUGCCUUCACCGCGGGCUCUGUCCAGCCGAUGCCCCGAGGCAGCCUGUUUCCAAAACAUGUUGGCGUGCCUGAGAAGAGGAUGCACGUUGGAGGAAGGUUUGAGCAGGUCUGGCUCUUCUGGAACAGAGGGGCAUGGAUGAGGAGAGGAAGAGAUGGGCUGUGAGGACACGGAGGUCACUCAGCCAUGAGGGGGGCAUCCAGAGAGCCCACCAGUGUGGUGACAGUCCUCGUCCCCACUCUCACAGGCUCUGGGUAGUGAACUGGCAGGAAAGGGAAAGCAACUGACUGAAAGUAAAGUGCUGUUUCCAUAUAAUUUAUAUUUUACUUAGGCCAAAUUAUUUAUAACAGGCCACCAGUACUAUACUGCCUUGUGCAUUGGCACUACGGUGCCCCUGUUGCAUCGGCAACGCCAGGGUUUUAGGAGGUGCAUCCAGCUGCAUGAGGUGAUUGCCAGAUUGUGCGUGUCUUCCUUUCGGAUGAGGAAGGUUCUAGUGGAGUAAGGAAUAUUUGAGUUUAGUUCCCAGCAUGUCAUCAGUGCUUACUGGUCAUCGUAGGGUCUGGCGGAGGUUGCCAAGAGAAACUGACCUUUGUAAGCUCUUGCCCUUCUGCCCAUCCUCCCACCUGUUGGCUUCUACUGGGAAGCCACAUGCUUCCAGCAUCCUGGAGCAAAGGGGGGGGCGGGUAAAGGAGAAAGAAUGAAUCGCAGUCGUUACAAGCUAUUUUUAAGUGCCACUUUUCUGCAUUGCUCUAGCCACCUAAUCAGGCUUAUGCUUAUAUGGACACCCAGUGGCGUGGUCUCUUGGCCCAGCUCUACCAGUUGCCAGAGAUCGGGAGAAGCUGAUAGUCCUGCAAGUUUCCAGUGUAAUAAACCCAGGGUGGGUGUCCCUGCCCAUUGUCCAGUGCCCAUCCACCUGGACUGCCCGCUCUCUACUUCCCAAGUCAAGCACCAGUGCUUAGAUUCCCCAGGAAUCACCUUCUUCUGGGUGAUCACAGUGCAUGGUGAUGUUUGGUUUAAAGUGGGGCAGAGGUAGACUCAGCCUGAUCUCAGUGUGUGGUGUAUGUACAUGUGGACAAGCGGGCAGUCAAAGCCGCUGCUGAGCUCCUCUUGAUGCACCCAACACAAGUGCCUCGUUUCUGUGCCAAACAUUUGCCUUGGUCUUCUUGACCUUCUCGAUCUUCUUCCCAGACACUUGCUGGCGUGGCUGUUAAAAGAGAAUGUUCAGACAUCUCCAUCUCCCGGAGGCCUGAUGUCCUGGUCCUUGGAGGAGACUUCUAGCAUUUCUGUUUAUGUCACAGAAGGCAUCUGGUUGAGGGCCGCAUGGGUUUGUACUGUCCCAAGAAGCACCUCUUCCUGGAAGGCUUAUAUCACCCAAGGACCCAGGCCAGGCCUUACUUGUUCUGGGAUAGGACGAGAGGGUCUUAGUAACUGAUUAGAACAAGAGAGAGAAAGGGACCGAGAUCUAUAGACUGCCAGAAUUGGGGGACAUCAGUGCCCUUGGCUGUGUCCAGCUGUGGCCUCUCCCUUCAGUGCUGAAGGGUAUCAGGAAGUUUCCCCCAAGCAAACGACUCCCUCUGGAGACCUGAAGGGAGACAAUUUUCCUGUUUGAUAACUGGUAUGACACAUGUCCAUGUGCAUUACAAGGAACAAGAUGAGUUCAUGGCCUCAGAAUGCUGGUGGGCCCCUCCCAGUACCGGCUCUGGGCAAAGAAGCCUUCUCUAGGCACCUGGUCCCUGGCACAGCAGGCACAGAAUUGCUUCUGGGAGGUCACGAGGGCUCUACCCAGGGUCACCGCCACGGCCUCAGUAACCUGCUCACUCAUUGUACGCUGUGUUCCUCCAGUGUUAACCUAUAGCCAUGUUAAGCCACCACAUUUAGGGGUUCUGCGUAUUUCAGAGACUUGAUAAGUCUCCUGAACUGCCUUAUAUGAGUGCGUAUUUUUACUUUUCUUAUAUUGUAAAGACUAUAUCCGGUAUGUAAAUGAAUGUUCUAUAAAUCCUUUGUAUAGUCAUUCUCUGCUUUUAAAUAUCAUCUCUAUUCAGAGUAUAAUAAAAUCAUAAGCUUGGGAA